AAAAAAAAGUUUGAACUUUUGUAAAGGAAACCGAGGGGGAGGGGUUUCAGCCAAGGGGAAUCUACAACCUGAUUUGGAGCUCUUCUUCUUUGCUGAGAAUAAGGACGACGGUGUCAGACACUCAACGCCACGAUUCUAACUCUUAACUGUACACAAGACACUCUCCGAAUCUCCAACACAACCCACCAAUCCUCUUCCAUUUACCUUACCACCCACCGUCUCAGAUUCCUCUUCAUUUUUUCAUUUUCUUUCCUCUCUUCUUCUUCGUUUUUGUUUCAAUGGAGGCUAAAGUUUUGGGCAUUUCCCCUUCUCUUCACCCGGUUCGAUUCCGCUCAGAGAUUUCUCGAUCCAGCUGUGCUUUUCCCAUCCAGAAUUGGACGCCCGCAAGGUGUUCGAUGUAUUGUUCCAGUAUGAUGAGAUGGGGCUUUCGGCCUUUUAAAGCUUCUUCCGCUUCCACCCGAUUACUAGCAAUGAAGAAACGGGUGGACAUGAGUGAGACCUUGACUCUCGAAAGUAUAAGAUUUUCAUUAAUCCGACAAGAAGAUAGCAUAAUAUUUGGUCUUUUGGAGAGAGCACAAUAUUGCUACAAUGGCAACACAUAUGAUCGAGACACUUUUGCUAUGGAUGGGUUUCAUGGUUCUUUGGUAGAGUAUAUGGUCAAAGAAACUGAAAAACUUCAUGCAAAGGCGGGUAGAUAUAAAAGCCCUGAUGAACAUCCUUUCUUCCCUAAUGAGUUGCCGCAACCGUUAUUGCCUCCACUGCAAUAUCCUCGGGUUCUGCAUCCAAUCGCAGACACCAUUAACAUCAAUCCAAAAGUAUGGGACAUGUACUUUAGAGAUCUGAUUCCAAGGUUAGUCGAGGAUGGAGAUGAUGGUAACUGUGGAUCAAGUGCUGUUUGUGACACAAUUUGUUUGCAGGCCUUAUCAAAGAGAAUCCAUUAUGGAAAAUUCGUCGCAGAAGCUAAGUUUCAAGCCUCACCCGAUGCCUACAAAGCAGCAAUUAGAGCACAAGAUAAGCAAAAACUGAUGGAUAUGCUGACGUACCCGACCGUAGAGGAGACCGUGAAAAGGAGAGUGGAGAUGAAAGCAACGGUUUAUGGUCAAGAAGUGACUACUGAUGAAGAGGGUGAACUCCAAGCAGCUUACAAGAUCAAACCAAGCGUAGUUGCUGAUCUAUAUGGGGAUUGGAUCAUGCCAUUGACUAAGGAAGUUCAAGUUCAAUAUUUGUUAAGAAGAUUGGACUGACCACAUUAAUCUCCAAAGUCAGGCUGAAGCUGUUUUGUUCCAAAUAAUUUAUUUUGUGUCAUAUUGUAUGAUUAUAAGUUAUUUGAAUCUAAUGUCAUACACAUAAAUGGGAGAAUUUGUACUGCUUUUCCCGUUAUUUUUCAGAAAAUAAGAUAAUAUUUUGUAAUCCGCUUAUCUGGUCGAUAUUUAAAAAAAGGCAAAAAAAUCUUAUAUAUGCAGAUUUCAGUAGACUUCAACCAAGAAAUUUAAGAGUGGAACAAAGUCCGAGUUUUAUUGAU